AUGAGUUCAAAAAAUUAUAGUGAUGAUGAAAUUGAAAAUGAAGAAAAUAUUCAUCCAAAAAAGAAAUUCAAGAAUUUAAAUAAAAAUAAAGAUGAUGAAUCAUCAGAACUAGAGGAAUAUCAUGAUAGUAGUGAGGAGGAUGAAAAUGAACCAAAUCAGUAUCAAUAUGAUGAUUUCGUGGUUGGUGGUGAUGACGAUGAACGUCGAAAAAGAAAGAAAAAAGAAAAAAGAAAGAAAUCAUCAUCAAAUAGCGAUAAUGAAGAUGAUAAUGAAGAAGAAGAGGAGGAGGAUCGUGGUGGUGGUGGUGGUAGUGGUAGUGGAGGUAGUGGUGGUAGUGGUGGCCGUAAUAGUAGUAGCCCAAAACGAACCAAUAAUCAUCUUGAUGAAGAUAUUGAUGGUGAUGAAGAUGGUGAUGAUGGAUCAGAUGGAAGUGAAUCUGAAUCUGAAUCUGAAGAGGACGAAGAAGUUGCACAAGCUAGAAGAGAAAGAAGAAGAAAAAGACGUGAAGAGAGAAGAAAACGUGAAAAAGGUGGUUUACAACGUUUAAAGAAAUUAAGAGCUUCAAAUAAAGAUUUAUCAGAUAAAGAAGAUGAUGUAGAGGAUGGAUAUAAUGGUGAACAAGAGGAUGAUGGAUUUGUAGUUGAUUCACAUGGUAAACCAGUAAAGAGGAGUCAUGAGCGUGAACGUAUGAGCUAUGAGAGUUCUAAUCGUUCUAGAAUUAUGAGUGAUAUUUUCGAUGAUGAUGAGGAAGAAGGAUAUGGUAGUGGAGAGGAAGAGGAGGAUUCAGGUAUAAAUAAAACCGAAGCUGAUAGAGCCAAGGAUAGAUUAGCAGCGAUCAGAGAACAAUACGAACCAUCAUUAUUGGAAGAGAAACAUUUUACAGAUGCUGAUGAGGAAAUUCGUAAUAAGAAUGUACCAGAGAGAUUACAAAGUAGAAAGGGUACACAAUAUGCAGGUGAGAUGGCUUGUGAAGAAGAAGCUGAAUGGAUUUAUGAAGUUGCAUUUGAACAACGUGAUUUCCAACAACAGCAACAAAGAAAUCCAAAUACUGAACCUGUUAGAGACGCAAAGGCAAUCACAGCGAUCUUUAAGAUAUUACAAUUCAUUCAACGUGAUCUCUUGGAGAUACCAUUCAUCUACACCUAUGAAAAGGACAUCUAUGAACCUUAUUUCACCCUUCAAGAACUUUGGAAUAUAUUUGAUCUCGACGAGAAAUGGGCUCAUAUGAAGGUGAAUAAAAGAAAUUUAGAGCAAAUCGGUUCAAACAAUCAACAAUUGGAGCCUUAUAAAUCGGUUCUAUUGGAGAGUCGUUCCGAAGAGAGUAUCUCUGAUCUUUAUGAUCUUUUUCAAAUGAUAAAUGGUAUUCAAAAGAAUACUAAUCUUUUAAAUGGUAGUUCAUCAUUAGGCAGUGGUGGCGAUGGUUAUGAUGAUAAAGAGGGUGGUAGUAGUGCAACUCAAGGUAAUACAGUUGGUGGUUUAAGUAGACAAAAGAAAGCAAUCAAGAGAGAUCUUUAUACAAUUUAUACUAAAGCAGGGUUAUCAAAAUUUUUACCAAAUUUUGGUAUGACAGCACAAGAAUUUGGUCAAAAUUUAAUGGAUAAUUAUACAACCAACAAACCUAGAGACCAAAUGGCAGAACCAUCGACAAUGGCAUUGGUUCACAUUUGUUUGGAGGCUGAUAAUAAAGAUCGUGUUUUACAAGCAACUCGUUAUAUGAUGGCACAAGAGAUUGGAUAUGAUCCACAUGUACGUUACUCGGUUAGAAUGAUCUAUAGAAAGUAUGCACAUAUUACAACCACACCCACUUUGAAAGGGUUCAAAGAGAUUGAUGUUUUCCAUCCUUAUUUCACAGUGAAAAGUAUUCAAGAGAAACCAGCUCAUCUCUUUGAAGACUCUCAAUAUCUUUUGAUUCUCAAAGCAGAGAAGGAAGGUUUCAUCAAAUCCACUAUGGCAAUCACCGAGAAAACUCAUAAUUCCGUCAUCAUUCCAGAGAUGGAAUCAUUGUAUCUAAGUGAUGGUACAUCAGCAAUCACUCAACAAUGGAAUGAACAAAGAAAACUUAUCAUUCGUGAAGCAUUAAAUAAAUUCCUUUAUCCAGUUUUAGAGAAAGAAUUAAGAAAUAAAUUAUUAACCGAAGCAAGUAAUCGUGUGGCUUUUGAAUGUGCAAAGAAAUUGGAAGACAAAAUUCGUGUUGCACCUUGGAGACCAGUUUCUUCGUCUAGUGGUAUUGGUCAUUCAAAUUCAAGUGUACUAUUUGGUGGUUCAAGAGCAAAUAACGGUUAUAGUAAUGAUGAUGACGAAGAUGAAGAUGAUGAUGAAGAAGUUGAUUACGAUAGAGAUGGUAAUCCAAUACCAUUUAAAAUUUUAUCACUUUGUUGGGGUUCAGAUAAAAUUCCAACUAUGGGUGCAGUUUUAAAUUCAGAUGGUGAAGUAUUGUCACAUAUUAAAUUGGAUUUCAUUUGUGAUCGUUUAGGUGAGUCAUUAAAAGAGAAGAAAGAAAAGGAUAUAAAGAGAUUGGAGGAGAUUUGUCAAGAGUAUCAACCACGUUUGGUGUUGGUAAGUGCAACAGAGAUGGAUAGUAAACGUCUCUAUGAAGAGGUGAAAGAUCAUCUUCAACGUUGGUCCAAUGGUGAGAGACGUAUCAUUAGAAAGAGUGUACUCUUGAAUUAUUAUAGUCCAGAGAUUGGUUUAUCAUUACAAACCUCAUCAAGAUUACAAGAAGAGUUUAAAGAGUAUCCACCAAUUCUUAGACACACAAUUGCUGUGGGUCGUUGUGCAUUGGAUCCAAUCACAGAGUAUGCAUCAUUGUGCAACGAUCAUAACGAGAUCCUAUUCCUAAAGUUACAUCCACUUCAAGAUAUGAUUGGUAAGGAUUAUUUGGUGAAAUUAUUACAUCGUUGUUUCAUUAAUGUCGUCAAUGCAGUGGGUGUAGAUAUCAAUCGUAUGAUUCAAUGUAGAUUCACAUCGGCUACUUUACAAUUUGUCAGUGGUUUGGGUUCAAGAAAGGCUCAAAUGUUAUUAAAUUCUUUAUUCCGUCGUGGUGGUUUUGUCACUAGCAGACAAUCAUUGGAGAAGGUGUUGAGUCAAGAUGUCAUCUAUAGAAAUUGUAUUGGUUUCAUUCAAAUUCGUGAAAGACAUGCAGCAGACUAUAAAGCUGAUCUAUUGGAUGACACAAGAAUUCAUCCAACCUCUUAUCCAAUCACUUAUCGUAUCGCAGCCGAAGCAUUGGAUAAGAAUUUAGAUGAAAGAAAUUUCCAUUCCUACAUUGAAGAUAUCAUAAAGAGACCAAAGAAAUUGGAUCGUUUAGAUUUGGAUGGUUUUGCUGAUAUCAUCGAGUCACAUGAGGAUCGUCCAGCUAGAAAGUUAUUAUAUUUCAUAAAGAAAGAGUUGACAAAUCCAUUCGCCGAUAUUAGACAUCCAUAUGAAGAGCCAUCGGCCGAUACAAUCUUUGAAUGGUUAACAGGUGAAACCAAUCAAUCAUUAAGAAGAGGUACCCUCGUAACUGUAACCACUAUUCGUACCUUUGAUAAUUCAGUCAAAUGUAGAUUGGAUAAUGGUUUAGAAGGUUCCAUUCCAACCGAUUGUAUCAGUGACAAUGGGGAAACUAAAUCUUUAGGUAGAGGUGUCACUAUCAAUUGUAGAGUGAUGGGUGUUGAUAAAUAUCAAUUCACCGUUUCAUUAUCUUGUAAACCAUCGGAUCUUAAUCCAAGUUUCUGGGAGGAAACUAUUUUCCGUGAAUUGAAAGAGAAUGGUGCUAAUCAAUAUUUACGUCUUGAAGAGGUUGCUCCACCAGUAGAACAAACAAAGAGAAAACCAAAGAGAGAAAGAAGAAUAAAAAGAACCGUGGUUCAUCCAUUAUGGCAUGACUUUAGUUGUUUAGAGGCUGAAACCUAUUUAAGUGAUAAACCAAUUGGUGAUGUUUUAUUACGUCCAUCAAGUAAAGGUCAUGAUCAUAUCACUGCUACCUUCAAAUUUGCCGAUAGUAUAUUCUUACAUCAUGACAUUAAAGAAGCCGAUAAACCAAAUGCAGUAAGUUUAGGUAAAUCUUUCUAUAUGGGUGAUGUAAAAUAUGAUUCAUUGGAUGAAAUCUUGGCUAGACAUGUAGAAUAUUUAAUAAACAAUCUCAAUGAAGUCAAAUCAAAUACUGCCCAUUGGAAGGAUGGUAAUCGUUCAGAUGUUGAUGAUCUAAUUAGAGAAGAAAAGAAAAAGAAUCCAAAAACGAUUCCUUAUUAUUUCGGUUAUGAUUUCGAACAUCCAGGUUUCCUUACACUCUAUCAUGUACCUUCAAAUACUCCAAGACAUGAACCUGUUUUAGUUAAAGCUGAUGGCUUUAUCUUAAGAAAAAAACUUUAUCCAACUUAUUAUGAAUUAAUUAAAUAUUUUAAAAGAAAUUAUGCUCAAUUAUUACAACCAGGUAGUAGUAGUAGUAGUAGUAGUGGUUCAUCAAGUAAUAAUAAUAAUAAUAAUACAUCAAAUCAAAGAUUACCUUCAAAUACUUCUUCACGUUCUGUUUCAAAUAAUAAUAAUAAUAAUAUUAAAAAUAGUAGUAAUAAUUCUAAUAAUAAUUCUAAUAAUAAUAAUAAUAUGUCUCAACAAAGAUCACAACAUCAACAAUUCCAACAAUCAACUCAACAACCACCACAAAGACCUCAACAUCAACAACAACAACCAAAUCAAUAUCAACAACAACAACCAAAUCAAUAUCAACAACCACCACCUCAAUCAGUUUACCAACAACAACCACAACCAAACCAACCAUAUGGGCAAAUGCCACAACAACAACCAUACUCUCAAGGUAGACCACCUUAUCAACAACCACCACAACAACAACAACAACAACAACAGCCAUAUCAACAACAACCACCACAACAACAGCAACCACAACAACAACAACAACAAUAUAAUCCAUAUCAACAACAACAACCACCACAAAGACCACAAAGUUGGAACGACAAUCAAUACCAACAACAACAACCACAACAAUAUCAACAAAGACCACCACAACAACAACCAUAUGGACAAAUGCCACCACAACAACAAUAUCAGCAACAACAACAAUAUAACAGACCUCCAAAUCAAUGGGGUCCACCACAACAACAACAACAAGGACCAUAUGGCCAACAACAACAACCAUAUGGCCAAAUGCCACAACAACCACAACAACAACAACAAUUUAACAGACCACCAAAUCAACCAUGGAAUGUACCACCACAACAACAAAAUCAAUGGGGUCAAAAUAACAAUAACAAUAGUUCUUGGGAUUAA